CCCUUGUCCAGUGAACCAACACCAGGCCUCCAAUCUAACCUUAAAAUAAAUUGUCCUCCUAUCAAAUCCCGCCGGACUUAUCCGUCUAAAAUUUGUCAAAAUCCAAUGACAAGUUCUUUUUUGUUCCAAAAAUUUCAUGACAUUUCGGUCGUUCCGUGACUAUAACCUAUCAUAGCACUCGGGCUCAGAAUGCCUCAGUAAUUUGUGUCCAGUCGUUUUCUCCGUCUCAUGUGUGUGCAUAUCUACGAUGAUAUUUCGUACGUAACCAAGUGACCUCGUGAUAAUACUCCAGACAAACUACGAAGGCAGACGGUUAACCACAGAUUAUUUAAAUUCAAGUCCUUUAGCAAAGUGUGGAGAGGACAUCACUUGUACAGUACAAUAAGAAAGUAAAAUAAAAAUCAUCAAAUCAAUAUUAAAAAAUCAUUAUGCCGGUUGCAAAUAGUGCAGCAAUUGCAGCUACUGGUACCCUGCCAAAAUGGCAAUUGGCAUUGGCAGUUGGUGCACCGGUAGCCCUUGGUCUUGGAUACAUGUACUACAAAAAUUCUAGCCAAGGUAAAUCAAGAGGCUCAGGAAAAACCAAUGGCGGCACUUCCACUGACAAACAAAUAUCAAUAGAGAGUGAUUCACCAGGAAAAAAAUCUGAAGCUGAUAAAUCCGAGACACCGGCUGCGAAGGCCCAGAGGUACAAGACACUCGGUAAUCAAGCAUUUGGUGCCAGAAAAUACGAUGAGGCCAUUUCGUCUUAUAACAAAGCCAUCGAGGCGUGCCCACCGGAGAGUAAAGAUGAAUUGGCAAAAAUUUAUCAGAACAGAGCAGCUUCUUAUGAUGCACUUGAAAAAUUCACAGCCGUUAAAGAAGACUGUACGAGGGCCCUAGAUUUGAAUCCUACAUAUACAAAGGCUCUAAUUAGGAGGGCUAAGGUUUUGGAAAAAAAUAAUGAGUUUGAGUUAGCACUGGAAGACAUCACUGCUGCCUGUAUGUUGGAAAGAUUUUCCAAUGAGAGUGUUCUACUCGCUGCUGAUAGAAUUUUGAAACAACUUGGAAAACAACGGGCUGAAGAACUUAUGAAGACCAAGAAACCAACGCUGCCCAGCACGCACUUUAUCAAGACAUAUUUCAGUUCAUUCAGAAAUGAUCCAGUAUUAUCGGCAGAAGUGACCGUCUCGACGGAUGAAUAUGCCAACUCGGGAUUGACUAAAGCCGUCGAAGCUUUCAAAGCAGAGAAAUACGAUGACAUUGUUGCCAUUUGCACGGCAGAGAUAGAAAAGGGUGACGAUAUAGAUGUUGCUGACAAAAUGAAGCUCAUACUAAUCAGGGGAACGUUCUACCUUCUUCUUGGUCAGCACGAGGAAGCGAUGAAGGAUCUCGAUUUAGUGAUAAGCGAUACAAACGAAUCAACGAGUAAAGAAAUCCGAGUGAAUGCAUUAAUUAAAAGAGCAACGUUGCACUUGCGGGUGGAAGAUCUAAUUCCAUGUUUCAAAGACUUUGAGACGGCAGAGGAACUUGAUCCAGAUUGUGGCGAUAUUUAUCAUCAUCGUGGACAGAUCCAUUUACUUCUGGAGAAUUUCAAUGCGGCACUUGAAGACUCUGAAAAAGCAUUGAAACUGAAUCCCGAUUUUGGAAUGGUUUAUGCACAGAAAUGUUAUGCGGAAUAUCGUCAUGCUGCUAUGAAUAGAAUACCAAAUUUAAUGAAAUCAGCACUGGACAAUUUUGAAAAGGCCUUCCAGCUGUUUCCCGAGUGCUGUGAAUGUUAUGUUAUGUAUGCUAAGAUGUUGUCUGAUACCCAGUCUUACAAAAAAGCUGAUGAAUAUUUUGGAAAAGCCCUUGAAAAAGAUCCAAAAAAUGCAACAAUAUUAGUACACAGGGGACUAUUGCACCUCGGAUGGACCGGAAAUUUUGUCAAGGCCAUUGACUACAUUAAUGAGGCCCUGGAGUUGGAUGACAAAUGUGAAUUUGCGUAUGAAAUGUUAGGCACGAUCGAAGUACAAAGAGGCAACCUCCACGAGGCCAUAAAAAUAUUCAGCAAGGCUUUAACAUUAGCCCGAACGAUGUAUGAAUUGACUCAUAUAUUCACCCUCCAGGAUGCAGCAAAGGCCCAGUUGAAAAUAGGCAAGAGAUUGGGUCCUGACUAUAUGCGUGGGAUUUCAGACAUGCUGUCAAUGAACUCUAAAACAACAGAUUAGAAAACAACAGACUGCCAAAUUGUAAAAAUCAUUAGUUUUGAAUUACUGAACAGUUCGCCAUAUAAUAAUUUUCUGUCGUUAAAUGUUGUUUACCAAAAAGAAAAUCAGCAGCUUGACGAUCUAAAGAUUAAAUAAAAUGCAAAUAAGCUCAGUGAUGAAUCGGUAAGUUUUUUUUUCAAAUAUACAAGAUAACUGAUCACUUUAUCACACAAAUUUUUUCACCAUUGAUAAAGUGCAUCGACAUCGACUGUUCACACCAUUCAGUCAAAAUCGUGUAAACAUACUCAUAGACUUGGUAACAAAUUUUUUUUAUUUUUUUUUUGUAAAUUAACAAUUAAAUUGAAUUAAAUUACGAGAUGUUAUAUGAAACAAGUUUAUAAAUCAUGUGUAUGUGUGUGUGACAACGGAAAAUGAAGCAAAAAUUCAAAGUCUGGAGCUUGUAAUGUCAAUAUGUUUAUCACUUAAAUAUCUUCAUGAAAACACCCUGUACAAACUGCAAGUGCUUUCCUCCUUUUUUUUUUAUUAUUGUUGGUGUAUUUUCUAUAGUAAUUAAAUCGUUUGUUAUCACGCAACAAUUAUAUAAACACCUGAAAAUAUUUUUAUGAACAUUGA